AUGCUAUUAAGCAUUUCUUCUUCUCCAGUUUCUCAUCGAAUACCUCACUUCAUCUCCAAUUUCAACAACCCAACUUCAAAAUUUCCUCCGAAAUCCAAAACCCAUCUCCCAAAGUCUCACCUCUCCGCUUUCUCGAAUCAAGGCCUCUACGUCACCAAGAACAGAGCUUUGGCUUUUCCUUUAGGUGGAUUUGUCGGAUUCCCUGAUAACGAUCCCGACAGUGAAAUCCCCGUAGACGAUAAAAACCUGCUCAAGAACCGACCGGUUUUGGAUAGAGUGAUUGUGGUUUCAGCUGGAAUUGUCGCUAACGUAAUCUUCGCCUACGCUAUAAUCUUGGCUCAAGUGAUAUUCGUUGGGUUACCGGUUCAAGAAGCCUUUCCCGGAGUCCUCGUACCGGACGUUAAAUCUUUCUCUGCUGCUUCUCGUGAUGGACUGCUUCCGGGGGAUGUAAUCUUAGCCGUUGAUGGCACUGAACUAUCCAAAUCCGGUUUUGAUUCGGUUUCCAGAGUUGUUGAUGUCGUAAAGGGGAAUCCGAAUCAGAAUGUGUUGCUCAGGAUCGAAAGAGGGAACGAGGAUUUCGAAAUCCGGAUCACACCGGAUAAGAGUUUCGAUGGAACCGGUAAGAUCGGUGCUCAGCUAUCACCGAAUGUGAGAUUCUCAAAGGUGAAACCGAAGAAUGUAACGGAGACUUUUAGCUUCGUGGGUAGAGAGUUCUUUGGGCUCUCUUACAACGUUUUGGACAGUUUGAAACAGACAUUUCUCAACUUCUCACAAACCGCUAGUAAAGUCGCUGGUCCGGUAGCGAUCAUUGCGGUUGGAGCGGAAGUGGCGAGAUCAAACGCGGACGGGCUUUACCAGUUUGCGGCAUUGCUGAAUCUGAACCUUGCGGUGAUCAAUCUGUUGCCUUUACCGGCUCUUGACGGCGGAACUUUGGCUUUGAUUCUGUUGGAAGCGGUUCGAGGCGGGAAGAAGCUACCGUUGGAGGUUGAGCAAGGGAUUAUGUCCUCUGGGAUCACGCUUGUGAUAUUCCUCGGUUUAUUUCUCAUCGUUAAGGACACACUUAACCUUGAUUUCAUCAAAGAAAUGUUGUAG